UUUUAUAACGGAACUUGGUAUUUUGGCGUUUGCCGAAGUAAGAGUACAAUUUUAGAGAACCUUGGUCACACUUUGUGCAGGGGAUUAAUGUCAAUUGCUUAGGUUUAUUGUUUGAACCUCCAAAAUGUCCACGAGAUCCUCUUUUGGCGAUGAAGAGCAAACCAAAGUGCCCCGCAUCAUGACCUUCCGUCCCAGCUACGAGGAGUUCAAGGACUUUUCCGCCUACAUAGAGCACAUAGAGUCCCGCGGAGCUCACUUAGCCGGCUUGGCCAAAAUCCAGCCGCCGGCGGAAUGGGUGCCCCGGAAGUCGGGCUACGACAUAGAGAACAUCAACAUGACCAUUCCGGCGCCGAUCUGUCAAGUGGUCACGGGGGCCCACGGGCUGUACCAGCAGAUCAACAUCCAGCAGCGCCGCCAGAUGACCCUGCGCCAGUUCAAGGAGAAGGCGAGCUCCGAGCUCCAUCAGACGCCGCGCCACUUCGACUACGACGAUCUGGAGCGCAAGUACUGGAAGAACAUCACCUACAUAUCGCCGCUUUACGCGGCCGAUGUCAAGGGAUCGCUGAGCGACGAGGAACUGGACGUGUGGAACAUCGGGAGACUGGACACCAUUCUGAACCUGGUCAACACGGACUACAACAUCAUCAUUGACGGCGUGAACACGGCCUACCUCUACUUCGGCAUGUGGAAGAGCUCCUUUGCCUGGCACACCGAAGACAUGGACCUGUACUCCAUCAACUAUCUGCACUUCGGAGCACCCAAGACCUGGUAUGCCAUUCCGCCGGCCUAUGGCAGACGCCUGGAGAAGCUGGCCAACGAGACCUUUGCCGAGAACUACCAGGAAUGCAACGCCUAUCUGCGCCACAAGAUGACCAUGAUCAGUCCCAAGGUGCUGCGCCAGCACAACAUUCCCUACAACAAGAUCACCCAGGAGGCGGGUGAGAUCAUGAUCACGUUUCCCUUUGGCUACCAUGCGGGUUUCAACCACGGCUUCAAUGGCGCCGAGUCCACCAACUUCGCGUCGAAGCGCUGGAUCGAGUACGGAAAGCGGGCCAGCAUUUGCAGGUGCCGCAGCGACAUGGUCAAGAUCUCGAUGGAGACCUUCGUGCGUCGUUUCCAGCCGGAACGCUAUGAAAACUGGUUGAGGGGCCAGGACCUUGGCUGUCACCCCGAGGAGCCGGGCAAGAUAUGUGCAGCAGCGCCGCCUACUUUAAAUAAGUAUGAAACCCAGGCGAGUCUGCGUGCUGCCAAACCCAAGGGGACGUCGCCUCAAAAGCGCGGCUGCUCGAUGGCUGCCAAUGGAGAAGGAGCGGAUGCCACCGAGGAUGAGGAUGACAGGGCCAGUGUCAGCAGCUACAACAGCUGUCGCCAGCUGCAGCCCGUCGUGAAGCUGCGUAAACUCCCAGCCAAUGCUCCCGUACCCAAGCCAGCUGCGUCUUCAAAAAGAUACGACUUCAACUCGGAGGCUGUGGUGCGCGUGAAGCGUCUUUGGAACGCCCUGCCCUGUCCAGAGCCCGGAGUCAAUCUGCUCACCAACGGGGUGGUGAAGAACACAAAACGAAUGCGCUUCCAGACAAAGGUACUCACACUCGACGACGAGGAUUGAGGGUUCCACUGGUGACACUGCUCUGAGGCAGUCUUUCGAUCUCCUUGUUAGAUUUUCGUGCGGCUGCAAUCAAAGAUCUAGUAGUGAUAGUCUUUUUGUAUUUUUCAUAGUCUCUAAGAAUGACGCCAUCACGAAGAAGACUUGUGAAUAGAAUUUAACACAUUUUUCUGACACACAUGCAUAUGUAAGCAAAUGCACACGUACCUAAAAGUACGUGUUUUUGUGAGUUUGAGUCCUAAAUUUAUGAAUCUUCUCAGCUGUAAAUGGAGCGAGACCAAAUUUGUCCCUGCAAAUUUAAUUUUUUUUUUAACAAGUGUUCGUUCCCACCGAAGGAAGUAUUGUACAAUAAUUAAAAUGCUACAAAACCGA